AUGGCUAGCCUCAUUCGUCUCGCUCUCUACCUGGGAGCUCUUCUGCCUGCUGCUCUUGCUGCCCCCACCGCACCCACCAAGGGCUCAGACGUGAUUCCCGGGAAAUACAUCAUCACCCUCAAAUCUUCUGCUUCCUCUGCCAAAGUCGAGUCUCACCUUCAGUGGGUUGGUGAUGUUCAUCGCCGCAGCCUUUCUAAGCGCGACACUGCUGGUAUCGAGCAUACCUUCAACAUCAAAAACUGGAAUGCCUACGCUGGACAGUUCGAUGAGGACACUAUCAAGGAAAUUGAGGCCAGUCCUGAGGUUGCUUUCGUCGAACCUGACAAGGUUGUCAAGCUCAGCUUCGAAGAAUCCAGCGAGUUGUCUGAUAGGGCCCUGACCACCCAGUCAGGAGCUCCUUGGGGUCUUGGAACGAUCUCGCACCGCACUUCUGGUUCAACUAGCUACAUCUACGAUACUUCUGCUGGCGAGGGCUCUUAUGCCUAUGUCGUCGACAGUGGUGUUUUAAUCUCUCACUCGCAGUUCGGCGGCCGCGCUGUUGCCGGAUAUAGCAUCUUUUCGGGAGCUAACACUGAUACUCUUGGACACGGGACUCAUGUUGCUGGCACUAUUGCAGGCUCAACCUAUGGUGUUGCUAAGAAGGCGAAUAUUGUUUCCGUCAAGGUCUUCCAGGGAGCAGAGGGAACUGAUUCUGGUGUUCUCGCUGGUUUCAACUGGGCUGUCAACGAUAUCACUUCCAAGGGCCGCGCCGGCAAGGCCGUUAUUAAUCUUUCUCUGGGUGGCGACGCAUCUCAAGCUUGGGUAACUGCUAUUGACGCUGCUUAUAACUCAGGUGUGCUCUCUGUUGUCGCUGCCGGAAACGGUGACGAGGAUGGAAACCCACUACCCGUAUCGAGUCAAUCCCCUGCCAAUGCUGCCAACGCCAUCACUGUUGCUGCUCUCACCUCUGCCUGGAGACCUACUUCAUUCACAAACUACGGUGCUGGUGUCGAUAUCUUUGCUCCCGGGCAAGGAAUUCUCUCUGCGUGGAUUGGCUCCAACAGCGCUACUAACUCUAUCAGUGGUACAUCUAUGGCUUCUCCCCAUGUUGCUGGUCUUGCUCUCUACCUCAAGGUUCUCGAGGGUCUUACUACACCAGCUUCUGUCGCAAGCCGAAUUAAGGCCCUUGGAACCUCCGGAAAGAUCACUGGUACCCUCUCUGGCAGUCCUAAUCUGAUUGCCUACAAUGGCAACAGCGCUUGA